GGAAAGUCUUUAUUCACUGAGAACCCUGUGACUAGCAGUGCUCCUGAUAGCACAUCGACUCGGCGGCAUUCGGUUACCUCUGUCUGUGUAUGGCUAUGCAAUAGAGCGGUAUGGCGGGUCAGCCUCCUCCUCCUAAACCAUGGGAGACCCGGCGGGUCAUGGGGGGUCUCCCCUCCACCUCCUAUCAGUGAGUGUAUACAGUGAGGGGCAGCAAGGUGCUGGGGUGACAUGAGAAGAGGCUGUUAGGCCAGAGGUACCUAAUCCAGACAUAGCAGGAAGUGCCCCAGGCUGGGGUCCAAAGAGCAGCUCUGUGGCCUGCCUUGCACGUAGACAGACAGAACUAAUUAUUAUUAAUGAUAAAUAAAGCACAAAGGGGGAUCAUUUAUUAACGCAAAGGAGGUGCUAUUCAAGGGCAAUGAGGAGCAGUGGUCAUGGUGCAGAAUAGAAUGCUUCAGAACAUUUAGAACUCUGCCCAGAAUAGCACCUGUCUUGUACUGUGAUAAACUGAUGGCAUUGGUGUUUUUUUUUUUUUUUUGUAUGUUCUAUUUUUUUAUUUUAUUAAUAAGCAGUAAACAUUUCUUGAAUACCCAGGCAUAAUGAACGUUUAAUUUUUAAUGAACAAAACAAAAUGUGAAUGUACAUGGCAUUUUUUAAUAAUAUUAUAAAAUGUUGUUAAACAUCACAAUCUUUUAAAAACAAAAACAAACACAAUGUCGAACUCUUAUUUACUGUACUGAUUACUAAGUGAUGAUCUUAAUAUUCACAAGAUAAUGAGCUAACUCAUGCUGCCUCAAAAAGGAUUUAUUAAGUAAACAACAUAUUGUGGCAAACUGAAAUGCAAAUGGAGAAAUGUAGGCAAAAAUAGUGAAGCUUGAAAUUGAGAUGGGGCUCUGAACUCCUCUGCUGGCCUCAGUCCUUGGCCAUCACGUCCCACUUUUGCUUAGUUUGCCCAAUGGCCAGUCUGAGCCAGACCAUAACCACUACAGCCCACUGAAGUGGUUAUGGUUGAACAAAAUUGUGGUCCGGGCACUCAAGGAUCAGUGAAACAGCAGGUUUAUUUGGAAAAGUGCUCUCAACCAGUGAGCAGGCUCUGUGCUGCUGGGCUUAGUACAGGGGGACAAUCAGAAACUCCCUGCAGGAGCUUGAAGCCUCCAGAGGAAAAAGGUAACUGGUUCUUUGCAGAUAGUUUCUCAAACCAUUCACAAAGAGCUUGACUACUUACAAUGGGUGUGCUCCAGGGCACUCCUGUUUCCAUAACCACUACAGUCGAAACCCCAACAUUAUGAAUAAAUAUAUUCAUUGUAUUAGAGUUGUCCUUUAAAGGUGGUUUGCUGUGACUGAAUUAUUCCACCAGGUAUGGAGGUUAAUUUGCUGCUAUUGGUGGACAGUAAAGAAAGGGUUAAGAAAUAUGAGCCUCAGUGUCUUGACAUAAAAUUUUCUUUUUUGUGCCUUAAAAUAUUUAAUUGUAUUUCUCUUUCUUAAUCUAGAUCAGCCGACUUAAGGGCUAAUAUCUUGACCAGACCUGGACAGCCAACUCUUAGCAGGGUACCACCUCCAGUACUUCCAAGACCAACUCAACAGACAAGAAGUAGUACUAUCAGCCAGUACCGGCCUGCAUACAGCUCGUUCUCACCUGGCUUUGGCAACUCCUAUGGCAGUUCAUUUUAUGGUAGCUAUAGCCCCUAUGGCUAUGGGGGUGGGUUAGGCUAUAAUCGGUUUCAAGCAGAUGACGUGCCUCCAAGUAGGUUUGUUAGACAGGCUGAAGAAAGCAGCAGGGGUGCAUUCCAGUCCAUCGAAAGCAUUGUCCAUGCAUUUGCCUCUGUCAGUAUGAUGAUGGAUGCCACUUUUUCUGCUGUUUAUAACAGCUUUAGAGCAGUUCUCGAUGUGGCAAAUCACUUUUCCAGGAUGAAGAUACAUUUCACGAAUGUGUUUUCAGCUUUUGCACUAGUCCGGACAAUCCGCUUCCUUUACAGGCGUUUGCAGAGACUUUUGGGUCUCCGGAAAAAUUCAGAAACAGAAGAUUUAUGGACUGAGAGUGCAGGAACUGUGGCACUGAGUGGCUCUGAGAAAAAUGUCACAGACUCUGCAAAGUCCUGGCCUAUUUUUUUGUUUUUUGCAGUCAUCCUUGGAGGCCCCUACCUCAUUUGGAAACUUUUGUCCAACUGCAAUGAAGUUACUGAAAAUGGUAAGUAAAGGGAAAUGAGCAGAGCAUCACUCUUAACCACUCAUAUUCUUUUCUAUUAUCGUGACAUUUAUAGUUUAGAGCGGGCAUCUCACCGCCACCCCCAAGUGUUGCUGAACUACAGGUCCCAUUAUUCCAUGGCCAUCGUAGAUGUUUGGGACUUGGGGAUCCUCAAUUAUAUUGUCAAACUACUUGAAAACUGUAUGAGAUAUAAAAGGAUGGAGGGACUGUACCAGUAGUAUCCUUGUGCCCCAUGGAUUCAUGUUGCAGUGAAUGAAUUGAGAGGAAAACGACUUGUAGUUUUAAGGUGAAAGUGCUAUGAUCGCAAAAGUGGUGCAGACUUGAAAAGGUAAGGCACUCGGCAAGAAAAACAGCAGGCACGUUUUUGCCUUUGGAUUCCACACAACUUUUUCAACUUUGCAACACUUUUUAGAACAAACCAAACUUUUACUGCACAGUUUUUUUUUUUUUUUAUUGGUUUUUUUUUUUAUAUGCUGCCAGACUUCAGCUGUUAAAGGACCACUAUAGUGCCAGGAAAACAUACUCGUUUUCCUGGCACUAUAGUGCCCUGAGGGUGCCCCCACCCUCAGGGCCCCUCUUCUGCCAGGCUGGAUGGAGAGGAAGGGGUUAAACACUUACCUUUCUCCAGCGCCGGGCUCCCUCAGUGCUGGAGACUCUCCUCCUCCUUUUCCAUUCAUCGGCUGAAUGCGCCUGCGCGGCAAGAGCCAUGCGCGCUCUCAGCCAGUCUCAUAGGAAGGCAUUCUCAAUGCUUUCCUAUGGACGUGAAAAGCACAGUGAGAAUCACGGAAGCGCCUCUAGUGGCUGGAUUAACCCUAAGGUAAACAUAGCAGUUUCUCUGAAACUGCUAUGUUUACAGCAGAAAGGGUUAAUCCUAGGUGGACCUGGCACUCAGACCACUUCAGUAAGCGGAAGUGGUCCUUUAACUUCAGCCUGAAACCAAAAAUAGAAGUCAGCCUACAAUACUUACCGUACUUAAUGUUACCCCAUUGCUUCACAUGAAAAUGUCUGUCUCAAGAGUCCUUUACUUUAUAUUCUUUCGUUUUCAUGUAGAAUCAAUCAUCUUACUGCAGAAACAGUGUAAGAAACUCAGUUCACUUAAAGCUUCUCACCUGAUCAGCUAAAGGUGAUAUCAGUAUCUUAAAGGGACACCGUUGGACUAUAGUCCUUACAUCUCAUUAAAUUGGUUAUAGUAUCUGCAGUCCUCUGGAGCCGUCCCUCCAUUCAGUGUUAAAUCAUUUCUAGCAGUUUAACACCGAAUGAGGAUCCCUGGCCACCCACUGCCUGGGCCUCUGCUGGGGGUAUGGUUAAGGCAAGGAUUACACAUUUCCUUCUAGCAACACAGAGUUAUACUUGCAAUGAGCAUUGUGAUAGGUUGAAAUUUGUCAGCUGACAUCCUGAACCAAUCACAGACACCCACUGCAGCUCAGGCUUAUGCUUCCUCAUUAGCCCAAGCAGUAGAGAGGGGAUGGACCGUUGGACACUAUUGUUUAGCAUUAAACCAUUAUUAAUGGUUUAAUGCUAAAUGGAAUAAUGGUGCCAGGGGACUACAGACCCUUAACCCCUUACGGACACAUGACAUGUGUGACAUGUCAUGAUUCCCUUCUAUUCCAGAAGUUUGGUCCUUAAGGGGUUAAACCACUUCAAUGAGGUGAAACUUUAUUAAAUAAGGUACCAGUAGGGAUGCACCAAAAUUUUCACCUGAAAAAUGGGCCUAUCCCAGUUUCGAAUGCCACCCAAUUAGACAAGUCCAAACGAUAAAAUAAGUAUAUAAUAAAAACAAGGUAGACUUGUGCAGCUGGUUUAUCAUAGAUUACCUUAAAGAAUGUGUCAACAGGUGGCAAGACAUCCCAAUGUUUCUGCUUUGGCCUUUCACAAAAGAUAAAUUAUGUAUCUGGUUUAUUAUAUCCUGUGUUUUUGUUUCCAAUUUUCUAUGUAGUGAUUGUAAGUUGCUCUAAGUUUUUACUACUAUUGGUCUAUGUACGUUUUUCAUCUUUUCAAUUGUCUUGUGCUAUAAUAUUGGGAUUGGGAUAACCCCCAGGAGUCCGACUGGGGCAGUGUUCUAGAGUGAACAGCUGGCUCUCCUAACUGUGCUCUCCAGUAAUCCAAAAGGUAAAUGUCAGAAGAGCAGAUAUUUUAUUUUACUUUUGAACUAGUGGCAUUAGGCAAACGUCCUUUCCAAAGUUGGGUGAUAAUGGUGAAAUUUUUAUUUUUAUCUAUAGUUUUUGGCCUCCUUAAAUGGAGCAUCUAGUCAUCUAGGCACAUUUGGUUUUCAAGUUUCUUGUGGUGAAGUUAUCAUAAUACUGCUAACUAAGGUUCAGAGUUCAGAAUCUCACUCAGUGCUAUUCCAAGAAUGAGAUCACUUUAAAAGUGGCUAUUGCGUAGUUACUGUAAUUACACUUUGAUGCUAUUUGGAAAGCAUCAACAUGAUCCAGGUACAAUACAGUGAUAUUUCUUUACACUGCUUCCUUUGAAAAAUAUGUGACCGGGAGAAAAGCAAGACAAACAUGAAUUGAUUUUACGACAAGGUACUUGAACUCAAUAGAAUACCUAUUUAUACAUUAGGCAAUAUGUUUAAAAAGCAAAUGUAGGGCAAAGUGCUAUAUGUACAGUAAUCAUUCCAUUGCAUUUGUUUCCAUAGCUCUAGUUUAGCUGUCAUGUGGAUCUUAAAAAAAAAAAACAAACAAACACCUUUUACAGAAAUAUUCUUACAUUGCCUGGAGUGGAUGGAAGCUGUCAAAUAACUUCUUCAGAAUUACAGGCUUUUUAAUCCAUCUUUUAAGGAAUGUCUAUAAACUUGCCAACUGUGCAAGGUCACGAUUUUUAGCAAUUAUUACAUAGAACCGUCAAUUCAAAUAUGAUUUGAGGGAGAAAAAAAACUCAGGGCCAGAAAAUGUGGAAAAUUGAUAAGCAACCGUAUUUGAGUUGAAGCGAUUGGCAAGGUGAAUAUUUGCUCCGUUUUAGCAUUUUUUUUCUUCUACAAUUUUCAUCUAAUUGUGACAGUUUUCCACAAUUCCCUCUUUAGUUAAAACACCUUAUAGGCCAUUGCUUUUCAUUUGAGAAUCUUGUCAGUAUGAGUCUCUUCAUAUAGAUUUAUGUUGCAUGUGCAUCAUAUUUGACUCCUGUACUUGGAAGGUCAUCCUUUGUUCUUACUUUACAUUUCGAACGUUUUGUUCUUUUUUGUUUGUUUGUUUUUUUUUUUAACAAUAAUCUCUCGGAUAUUAGAAGUUGUAUGCUUCUUUUUAAAAGGAAUCUCAUCUUGUUAAUUAAAGUUUUGUUUUUUUUCUUAUUCUUUGUGUAGAAAAUGUUAAUUGGGCCAGUGGAGAAGACGACCACGUUGUGGGAAGGGCAGAGUAUGACUUCACUGCAACUUCUGAUGAAGAGCUCUCUUUCCAUGCUGGAGAUCUUCUUAAUUUGGCUCCUAAAGGUAUGUUUGCUUGUUUUUUUUACUUAAAGGAACACUCCAUUAGAUGUAAAUACAUUUAUUUCUCACACUGGAAUAUUUUGGAUUUAGGGCACCACCCCUUAAAAAAACAAGUUGCUAACCUCUAAACAGAGGUCAGACUGUCUUCUUGCUCUGCUCCGUCUCACGGGAUCAUCAAUUUUGAUGUUCUCCAAGCCCAACCAAUGCUUCUUGUAGAGAAGUAUUGGAACAUGGCUCAUACACAGCAAAUGCUGCAAUGCACCUGUAAGAUUUUUCUAUGAGAAGUCCUUAGUCCAGCUUUGAGAGGGCACUCAAAGCAAGCAACCAUGGCAACCUUUCUGGUUUUCUGGUUGACAGCUGGGAGCUGUUGCCAAGGGUCUUUAUAAAAGUGCAGAUAAGUGCUGCAUCUCUGGAUAGCAGAUUUUAUGAUAGAAUUCAAAUGGUUCCUUGACAAUCCCAGCAACCUAGACAGAGUCCUGCCCAAAUGGCUAUAGAAUAGAAUGUCAGGCUGAAAUAGAACCAGAUCCUAAUUUUGUUGCCUAAAUUCAAUCAAGCAGAACAUUUUAUUUUUAAAGAACUAAAUUCAAACACCGCUACAGCUAAAUUACACUUUCUCCAACAACCAUGACCACUUCUACUUUUAGAAGUGAUCAUGGUGGUAGGAAUCUGGAUGUGUAGUGUUUCAGCUUGAGUUAUUGGCAAUUGUGUUGUGGAGGCAAGUUGUAACCCCCCCUCGCACAUAAUCACUUUAUUUAUGCAGCCCUAGUGACACCUCCCUGCAUGUGGCUUACACAGCCUUCAUAAACACUUUCUGUAUAGAGUCAUCUAAUGUUUACACUUCUUUUAUUGCAAAUUGUUUCAUUUCGAAUUUCUUAUCUCCUGCUCUGAUAAUAGCUUGCUAGUGUCAGCCCUCUUACACUUACCUUGGCGGUCCGCGGAUCUGCCGAUGCCGGGAUCCGGGGGACUGCUUUUUCCACAAGGCCUGAGGCUCCACUCUGCCUCAGAGAUGCCGGCCGCUGUGCACUCACCCCUUUUUAUGACACGGCGCAUGCAUGCCAGCGUCAUGACGUCAGAAGAGCUCUAUGCAAAAGAGUUCAGCCCACACAUACCUUUUGGAGGCGUGGCUAUGCUUAUCACGCCCCCAACCAUAUAAAAAAAAAAAAAGUCUGCCCAAAUCACAGUGCCCUGUUGUGGUUCCUAGUGUUCCUUGUGUCACUAGUGUCCUUAUAGCGCGUUUCGGUAUCCUUUGUGGUAUAUAUUUGGUUUUGACCCACCUUCCUUUCAACUAUUCUGUUUUCUGGUUCCCUUGACUCUGCUUUGUUUCUCAUACUUGUGUAUUUCUGGCUUCCCUUGACCUUGUCUGAUGUUCCUUAAAGUUUAUUCUUUAUUCCGGCCAUUCUAAGGACCGGCUUAGGGAUCUUCUUUCUGUCUCUGAUGUCUCCUGGUGGGUUUUCACUCUGCGUGUUGGGUUGUACGUUACAGCUAGACCCUGCAGGAGUCUCCUGUGUGUGAUAAAAGUUCAAUUUACAGAGAAGGAGAUAAAAACUUUUAAACUAAGUUACAUCAGAUUGAUAAUGAAACCAUUUUCUUCAUGCAGGUUGUGUCAGUCACAGCCAGGGGAGGUGUGGCUAGGGAUGCAUAAACCGCAACAAAAAGUGAUUUAACUCAUAAAUGGCAGAGAAUUGAGCUGUGAAACUUCAGAGGCAUGAUCUAUACACUAAAACUGCUUCAUUAAGCUAAAGUUGUUUUGGUGACUAUGGUGUCCCUUUAAGCAGCAACAUUGUAUCUGUGUAGGAUACCCAAUUGACACUUUUUUAACCAUAUAUCUUUCCUCAAAUGUUUUAAUGCCUUGUUCAAUCCUAGCAUUCUGUAUGCCAAGAAAAUCUUUCUUGCAUAUCUGGUGCAAUUUUCACUAAAGUAUUCCAUGCCCUUUCGUGAUAUUAGAUAUUAAUCCAGUGGUACAGACUGCAUAUAGACAGCAAUGGCUACCAAUUGCUCCUGCAGAUGUUUCUUUACUACCUUUCCCAUAAUGCUCAACCAAGCUUAAGGACUGGUUGGGUGUCAUGGGUAAUGUAGUUCAGAAACAUCUGGUGUGCUGAUGUUCACAUUAAGGGUUCAAAGACUAGAUUGUGCAUUUAUUUUUAAAGGAACAAGUGGUGAAUGAGGGACAAGUAUAAUUAUUAAUUUUUUUUUUUUAUUAUUCACUUUUUAUUUGAAUUUUAAGUUGUCAAAGGAAAUAUUAGGGUACAGAAAAUAAAAGUGGGUGGAAGGGUACAAGUCAGGUAAUGCGACAGGUUGCAUACUUUGUACAGUACAAUCAAACAGCGGCUCUUACCUAUCCUAUAGGGCAUGGAUAGGCAACCUUCGGCACUCCAGAUGUUGUGGACUACAUCCCCCAUAAUGCUCUUACACCCAUAAUGCUGACAAAGCUUCAUGGGAGGUGUAGUCCAAAAUAUCUGGAGUGCCUAAGGUUGCCUAUGCCUGCUAUAGGGACAGGUGGGGGUACAGAAGUGAAAACAGGGGACGAUGAAGGGGGACUGGUUCACAUUUUACACUUCUGUUGAACAACAAUGUUACAUAUGAGAACAUAAGAGAAGGGACAAGCAUAAUUUUUAACGCUGAUUUUUACCAAAUGGGCUUAACUGCAAGAGGCUUUAGUUACUUUGACUCAAACACUGGAUAGGUUACACGAUAAAAAGACAAACUAUCUGUAAACGGUCUAUUACUGCUAUUCGAAAACAUUAUUGAUGAGGUUUUUUUUUUUUUUGUUAUUUUUAGAACAACAGCCUAAAAUAAGAGGUUGGCUUCUGGGUAGUCUGGAUGGACAGACAACUGGAUUUGUACCGACCAAUUACGUCAAAAUCCUUGGAAAAAGGAAAGGUAGAAAAUACACAGAGCCUGAAAAGAGUCAGGAGCCCCAGACCUUCUUGAACACUUCAUCGACUCAGGGAGCCACUGCAAUGGCAACAUUAGAAGAGCAAGAGGCUGCCUUGGAAUCUGUUUUUGUAGAAACCAACAAGCCAGCACAUGAAUUCAACACAAAUGGAGCUCGUGGGGAAAUAUAUGAUCUAUAAGUUCUUUUACUGUCUGUAGACCAGAAAUACGUUGCAAAGCAGUGCUUUACUUGUUUUUUGGCAGCAAAUAUUCUAGUAAUUUUAAUAUUUUUCUUGUUUUUCUGCCUAUUAACUCCUUCAGUGCAAAGGUUUAGGAAAAUGCUAAAGCGUGACAGUUUGGUUAUGUUAUCUGUCUUGAAGGGGUUAGUGAUUUAACUGCUUACAGGGACACUCCGGAUACCAUAACACCAUCACCUGAUUAAGUUGCUAUGGUGCAAGGAGAUCCUUGGACGCCGUCUGUUCUUUGGAUAUAAAAUAUUAAUUAAUAGCUUAACCUCCUAAGUCUUGAAGACAGCACCUGAUUGCCCUGUACCUCUGCUUACUCUGAAGGUCCAAGGCUUCAAUCAGAAAGCCUCACUCACUUUUCUGAAUGGGGAGCUAGUGAUAGGCUGAGAGCUAUUAGCGGAACCUGGUACGAGUCUUUUUGAUUAAAGCCUCGGAAAUUCAGAGGAAGUUGAUCACCAGAGCAAUCAAGCGCCGUCUUCUAGACUUUUGGGUUAAACCGUUCGUUAACGCUUUAACCCCUUAAGAUAAGACAGCAUCCGAGACCACCUCACACCUUAACAACUUCAUUGUAAUUAUGUUGUUAUGGUGCCCAGAGUGGUCCUUUAAACGGUGCAUGUGUAGAUUAAAAAAUAUAAAGUUGACCUGUUACCUCUGAACUUGUGAGAUCACGUAUGCAAAUUAGCUGCUGCACUGAAUCAUUUGCAUAUAUGGUUUAGUUUAUGUUAUUGUUGGGAUGGGGGCAAUCACCUUUAAAACCCAUUCUCCUCUUAUUUUGCUACUACAAUGUAUAGAUUUAUACUAAAAAAAACACUGGUUGAUUGGCUGUUGCACAUCUUACCUGUAAGUUUAAUUAAACUGAUAAAGGAAAACAUCAUAUUUUUUUUUCUUUUUUUCUUUCAGUGGUACAUAAGAUAACAUGUAAGUGGCUUUGCUAAAAAUGUGUUUACCUUGAGGCAUCUGUCAGUGGGGAAGACCUCUGAGAGUAAACAUUAAUAAGUAGAAUCAUUUAGACUAGAGACCCUUACUUUUGUCCACUGUUGUCCAUUGUAGUGGCGAUGGUCGUAGCAGACUCCUGACACAAUUUUUUCACGCGAUUUGACACAAACUGGGCUAAGCCCCUGAAUCACCAUAGUGCUAAUGCAGAAGUUACACUUCCACACUAGCAUAAUUGGUUUAAGUCAUAUUUGGACAACAUUGAUUGGGCGAGUGUGUAUAUCCAUACUGUGUACAGCUUGUAUCUUUGUUCAUUAUGUUUCCUUUCUUAGUCUUAAAUACUUCCAAAAAAACAACAAAAAAAGUCCUAUCCUUUAAUUUUACAAGCACUUUAGCAUGAUUGCAGUGCAAACCACUGUUGUAGAGGAAGAGGCUAAUCUGCAGCAUGAAACGGAUUGCAUUUUUAAAAAAAUUUUAAAAAAAAUUAAAUUAACUUUACGACUUCCUAUGUAAAACAAAUGCUUCUUCAUGGUUAAUGUACUCGGUGUUUUGGGUUUUCAGAACUCAGAUUUAGUAAUCCCUGCUUUGGCUGGGUUUCUAUUUCAAGCACGCAUCUAAGCAAUGAAGCAGUCAAGAAGAAUUAAUUAACCAAAUAAUGUUGUGAUUGGAAUCUUACUAAAUGUUAGAUUUUAAAGAUUGCAUUCUGAAAUGAGAAGUUAUGGAAGUAACCCAAAUUCAAAGUGAUUUUAAAUUUCUUCGGUCCAAACAGUCAAAUUCUAAAUAUGCUCAAAGUCAGCUGUUAUCACUUCAAAUUAUUUUGGCCGUGAAUUUGACAUUUACUUUGUAGUUCAGACAAAUUACACUUUAGUGAAAAAUCUAUUCAUUUACGAUUAGCAGGGCUUUUUCUUAACCUGUCAGUGCUGAAAACAACAUCUAUUCUGUACUAGCAUAAGGAUUUUACAGACCAGAUUGUGAAGAAAAAUUAAAUUGGUCAUAAUCGGGUUAAAAUGCCCGAAUAUAACAGAAUAGUAGAUAUCCAGUGCAAUUUGGCUGAAGAGUUUUCUGGCAAAUCCUGUAUUUCGAAAUUUACCUUUUUAAGAUUGAGGUAAACUGAAAUAAAUAUUGCAUGCAUCUUUUUAUGUAAAUACAGUAAGUAGUAAGACAUUGAGCAAUAAGGGUUUAUUAAGUGGCUGAAAUGAAAUUAGUUUUUGUUGGAGUGAAAACUCACCCAGGUUUAAUGCUUAGGCAAUCCCCCUCGAAUGUUAAUUGUCUGAUCUGUGCAAUGAAAAACCAUAUUACGAAGGGCCUGAAUAGCCAUAAAUAGCAUGUUAACAUUUUGUAAAAUUUGUCUCUAAAGUCUUUCAACUUCAUCAUGAUUUAUAAAUAAAAGUCCAUUUUAAUAAGCCUGGACCUAUAAUAUAAGGUUUAUUCUAAAGAUGUCAAAAGGUUCCAAUAAAAAUAUACAUUAUUAGUGACAACCAGGAGAUUGUCUUUUUUGCCUUUUUAGAAUAAGUAAGGCAAUAGUGAUUAACAGGAGACCUAAAAUCAUGCAUAAUCUCACCAGAUAACACCAGCCAUUUCUAUCCAGCUUUCUUUUAAAUUAAACAGUUUGUUAUGAUGUACUCUCUGUGUGGCGUUUGCUUGCUAGACUUUAAUAUUUAACAAUAUGAAUAAUUUCAAACUAUCAGAAAUAAUUUUUUUAAAUAUUCAGGGUUCAAAAUUUCUACUAGCCACUGGUGAAUGAAAAUGUAGCCGUCAAGUAGAAAUAUACCGCUGUUGUGUAUGCUUUGGCUUACAGAUGCGAGUAAAUUAAGGCAUGGCUAGAAGCCCAAUACUUAAAAUGUUAAGCCUUGUUCAGCACAAUCUACAGAAGUUCAUCGGAUUAUGAUUCUAGAGUUUUUAAAGGGACACUAUAGCCACCAGAACAACUACAGCUUAUUGUAUUUGUUCUGGUGAGUAGAAUCAUUCCCUUCAGGCUUUUUCCAGUAAACACUCUCUUUUCAGAGAAAAUGCAGUGUUUACAUUACAGCCUAGGGAUACCACCACUGGCCACUCCUCAGAUGGCUGCUAGAGGUGCUUCCUAGAUCAGUGCUGCACAGUGUCUCUGCCCUCUGCAUGGAGACACUGAACAUUCCUCAUAGAGAUGCAUUGAGUUAAUGCAUCUCUAUGAGGAGAUGCUGUUAGGCCAGGGUUGAGUUUGGCUUGUGCUGGUUCUGCCCCUGAUCUGCCUCCUUGACAAGCUCAGACAAUCCAAUGCUUUCCUAUGUGAAGGCAUUGUGAUUGGCUCAGAACACUACUUCUGAUGAUGUCAGCCAAGCAGGUAGAUCAGGGGCAGAGCCAGCAGCAGACUGGAAUAAAGGUAAGAUGUUGCAAUAUUUAGGAGGGCAAGGGGAGGCCAGAUGAGCUAGCUGGUGGUUUUAACACUAUAGGGUCAGGAAUACAUGUUUGUGUUCCUGACCCUAUAGUGGUCCUUUAAAGAUUCAUUAUAACAUUGCCAUGCUGAUACGGAGGAGACACUGAAUUUUAUUUAUUUUCUGAUAAUGUGGAUAGAAAUGUCUCACUGCAUUUUCUACGUGUUAAGAAGAAAUACAAAAUGCUGUUUUUUUCUUAAUUCUAAUUUUAUUUUGAAAUUGCAUGUGUCAUGCUAGAGUCUGGCUCAUGUGUCAUUGGGAUCCACUAUCUUCUGAACCAAAGCAUGGUGGGAGUUAUAUGAAUUUAGGAGGUUACAUUUAAUAAGAGUAACAGAGUUGCUCUCUAAACACGUGGUAUCUAAACGACAAAAUAUAAGCUACAUACGUUUUUUAUCUCUGCUUGCCUUGAAGGGACACAACAGUCACACAGACCACUUCAUGAAGUGGUCUGGGUGCCAGGUCCCUCAGGUUUUAACCCUUCAGAUGCAAACAUAGUAGUUUCAGAGAAAUUGCUAUGUUUACAAUUGGGGUUAAGCCAACCUCUAGUGGCUGUCUUCCGGACAGCCACUAGAGGCACAUCUGCGAUGCUGGAGGCAUAUUAUGCCUCCAUCAUGCAGAGCGUCCAUAGGAAAAUCAUUGAGAAAUGCUUUCCUAUGGACACUUUGAAUGUGCGCGCGGCACUUGCCGCGCAUUCGCAUUCGGCUCCGCUGACGUCAGACGGGGGAGAAGAGGUCACGGGCGCUGGAUUAAAGUAAGUGGCUGAAGGGGUUUUAACCCCUUCAGCGUCACGGGUGGGGGCACCCUCAGGGCACUAUAGUGUCAGGAAAACCGCUUUGUUUUCCUGACACUAUAGUGACCCUUUAAUUUUCAAUACUAAUUUCAGAUUGCUACAGUCUGUAAUUUAUUGAAUAAGCCUGAGCGUGUUUAAUUUAUUUUAGCACAGACUGUAGGGUGAAUGUAUACUAAGAUUCCUUUCUGGUCUAAGUAUCUAUUAAAGGAACACUACAGACCACUGUUGUGGUUAGAGUGCUAGGAAUGCCCUGGCUCCAUCCCACAGAAAAAUAUAAAAAAUUAUGGCCUGAUUUGACAUUACCUAGGUAACCAAGUCACAUCUACCUUGCCUGGUCUUCUCCAGCAGGAGUAGCCAAUUAUCACUAGAGCAGGUAUGAGCAAUCAGUAGAUGCUCAGAUGCUGUAGGACAUUCUGAAGGCUGGCAUAGCAUCAUGGCAGUUGUAGUUCUACAACACUUGGGGAUCUAUAUUUAUACCCUGCAUUACAGAAAACAGGACCAUAAUCUGUGUGGUCCUCCUUUGCUCUAAAGUGAUAUCCAGCUUCUUCUACUGGAGUAGAAUGGAUGCAGUGUGGACACUUGGUUUGACCCAUGUAAGUUGUCAAACAGUGAUCGUGGCCAGGCCACUCUUGACACCAUAACCGCUACAGUGGGUUGUUCUUACUAACCUUAUGGGACCAUGGAACACAGGGGGAACAUAGAUGGGUAGAUGUUCCUGUGAUGAAGUGUAAGGAUGUUUUAUACAGCCCCACCCAUCAAAUGUUCUAUGUAGCUCAUCUCUGCUCCAAAGCAGUUGUCUUCUCCCCAUAUCUGGACCUCUUCUGUCUAGGUGUGUGUAGACAUGGUACUGCAUGACGUUCAUUAACAUGAACCUAUCAUCAAUCACCUAACCUUCAAUCCAGCGCUGCUAUGUCCUUAUCAGAGGUCCACCUGCACCAGUGUUAAUUUUGUUGACUAACAAUUUUAGUCUCCUAAAAUAUUUGAGAUUUAGUCGACUAUAACUAAAACAAUUAAGAUGACUAAAAUACGACUAAAACUAAAAUGGCUUUUUAGUCAAAAGACUAUGACUAAAACUAAAUUGAAAUUUGCCGCCAAAAUUAACACUGCUUGGGAACAUUUUCUCAAGUAGGGCAAACUUCUUCUGUGACGUUAACACGCUUGCUUCAUUGCUUGUCUGAAUAGAGUGACAUCAAUUGCUGUGUUCCAAUACUCCCUAGCCAGCGCUAACCAUGCCAAAUAAUUGAUUGACAGAUGAGAGAAAGACCUAUUUUUUUUAAAUUAAUUUAUUUUCCCCAUCUAUCCAUGUGUUUGCUUACAAAAUGUUUGCAUAGAUGGAAUGUUUUGUUCUUUAAAAGGAGCAUAAGUCAUAAUUGACCUGACAGGUACUCUUUAAGACCUCAUAGAUUGUAUGUCUAAUGGAAAUUUCACUUUACCUUCAAAGAAUGUUCUAUUGUGCUAAAUUAGAUAACCUUGCAAAAUAUGGCAGAGGGUUCUGCAGUAUCUGUAAUGCAUUUUCAACAUAAAAUGGUUUAUUAUUAAUCUGUAAAAUCACAAGAUGAUUAAGUAUGACAUGUUAAGGGAAGCUAUUGUUUUGCUCAGUAUGAUUUGGGGUUUUUUUGUCAUGGGGAAAAAAAAGCAUAACUGAUCAAACUGUACAGAUUUUGUCUUGGUAUGUAUUAUGUUGUUCUGUUGAAAUUUGUUUUAAUUUUCAAGGAGCCAUAAAAUAAUUUAAAUACUUGUUUUGUAUGUAAUGUACUUUACUAUAAUUUAGACAUUGUAAAUAUAAUCUAAAAUCCAAAAAUAAUUCUAAACACACAAGCUAAAUUAAUGUUCUAUUUUAUGUGUUUGCAUUAAGGACAAAAUAAAUACGCUCAAAUACUGUGAUGUCUGAAUGUUUUUCCAACUUUACAAUUUGCCUGUCAUGGUUAAAAU